UGUCUGUCAACCAACAGCCGACCUUCAAGGCCUCGGACGGCUGGCUGGCAAGAUUUUUAAGAAGGAAUAAUUUAUCCCUGAGGAGAACCUCGACAUCUGCAGCUGGUCAUAAACAGCCUGGGGAUAUCACGGACUUAACCAACUAUACGGAUACAUUGACGACCAGCUGUCAGAACCCUUGGCCAGCGACACAAGUGACAACCCACAUACUAUCUGGCUAGAUUUCUAAUCCAAAUUUGUCAGAUGAUUUGGCAAAUUCAGCGGUUUAUAUUGAUCACUCUCCUGUACCAAAUGUUUGUCACCAGCGCCUUCAACUCCAGCUGGUCGAAUUUGACAUAUGUAACGAUGGCGGGAAUUACGUGCCUGAAGUGUCCACCUGGGACGUAUUGGAGUGCGGACUGUACGGAGAAUUACCACGUGGCCAGUUGUCGGAUGUGUCCAGACAAUUAUUACUCAGACACUUACAACAGGGCGGACACGUGUCAUCCCUGUUCCGUGGCAUGCUCCGUCAUGCGUAUGGUAGUUACCUCCCCUUGUUCCGGUAUGUCGGAUGCCAUUUGUGAAUGCCCUGAUGGUUACUACUACAGCCGACGAAAAAAAGGCAACUUUGAGGCUUGUUUCCCUCACACCAAAUGUGACAAAGGGUACGGAGUCUCGCGACUUGGUUCCAAGACAAACAAUACCAUUUGUGAGUCGUGCCGUCCUAGUUGCACGUAUUCCGACGUAUCGUCUGCUACUGAACGGUGUCAGAGCUGCAGCACGUGCGGGGCGUACGAGGUCCUGUUAGAGUGUGACGUCACUCACAAUACUGUAUGUGGAAUACAGUGGAGUUCCGACGACUUAAGUCGGAACAAAUCACUUGGAAUAGAAGCUAUACGAGGACCAGAUUCCCCCCUGGUUGUCGUGCUGGUGCUGGUGUUUGCCAUCGUGCUGUUCGUGCUGAUUCUAGUGCUAAUCAAGCUAUACUGCUGGCGACAGAAGUACCACGUGAUGAAGGGUAUGAAUGGGACCCUGAACGCCUCCCACCUGUACACAGACCACUCCUCGCUACAGUACGCCUACGCCCAUGAUGGUUUGUCCUCCUUCUACUUCAGUGACGCCUCCAGCCUUUCCCCAAGUAUGAGGUCGAGGACAACCCGUUCAAUGCGGUCUAUGCGCCCGAUCAGCGAGGUGGGAGACAAGUCCACAAACGGGUCCUUACUGACGAUCGACGGACAACACUGGGGGUGCUACGGAGGGCGCCACAGGGACAGCAGGUCCACACUCAACCUCCAGUGGUCGUCUGCCCAUGACGACAGAUGGGAGGCUCUGUACGAUUCUGUAUUCAGCUUCAUGGCACGGAAACUCUCCCCACACUGGAAAUCCCUCAUCACGCGGUUGUUUAUCGGUAUCGGCGACAAGCAGGCUUAUACUUACACUAAACAACUGGAUAGUGAGGUGAGCUCGACGAGAGAGAAAAUGCACGAGGGCUUGCUGGAAUGGAAACAUCGGGGAGGUGACGCCGCCACGCCUGGUAAACUUCUUGCCGCCUUGUAUAUUCUAGAUUUCCACAACGUGAUAGCGCAUCUCAGAAACAAAUAUCCGUCUGUCUUCAACAACGACGACGACGAUGAUGAUGACGACGACAGUGAAGAUGACAGAGAAACUGAUGUGUGACGUCACGCGAGAGUAAAAUUCGGAUCAAAUGUGUUCAUGGGGUCAAACCUCGAUAGUACGACCACGGACUUAUAAAGCAAUCUAAUCCCCAUGCUCGAUACUCCAUUGGUUACGCUCACUUUCGCUCUCUGCACCCCUGGAAUUUUUCAUAGCAAAAU